AUGGGCCCCUGUACCGCCUCCUCAUGCUGCUGCCAGGCCCGUAAUCUGCCAUGGGCCCCCGUACCGACUCCUCAUGCUGCUGCCAGGCCCGUAAUCUGUCAUGGGCCCCUGUACCGCCUCCUCAUGCUGCUGCCAGGUUCAGAGUGUGUCAUGGGUCCCUGUACGGCCUCCCAUUGCUGCUGUCUCCAUCGCCACACUCUGCCAUGUGCCACUUUCAGGUCUCCUCACACUGUUGGUGGGUUCCAUUUUGUGAUAGGGUGCUGUAUGGCCUCCCAUUGCUGCUGCCUCCACCGCCACACUGUGGCUCCACACUCUGGUUUUGGCCCCGUGACUGCCCAAAUGAGUGAAGUGUGCGGUGAUUCUAAGAUCGACGGCACUCAUCUGCAUGUCAUACUGACUGACAGUAUUAUUUCUCUUCCCCAGCAGACUCCAAGGGCAUUUAAAUUAAAGGUACAGUGUUCUGCACUAAUAUAA